UGUAAUCCCAAAAGUGAAUGGCAUUGCAUCCGGCCAUGACUGCAAUGUCAGUCUCGUUUGGUCUCGUUCCGUCGACUCCCGCGCAACGGUACUCCGUCGUGGAUCUCGCGCAGUCGUACUCGCGGCCUUCACCGCUAUGGGUCGUUCUCUCCGAUCGCUCUCGGCCUACGCGCCGGCCGCCCUCAAAAACGUACGGUACUCCUCCUCAGGGUGCCCAUUCUCCAAACGACAACAGUCCCAAGUAGCCCCAACCGCGGAAGUCAACGAGGAAAUCUUCGCCAACGCCAAACCCUACUCAGAAGUGCCAGGACCUAAACCGAUACCCAUAUUAGGGAAUACGUGGCGCAUGGUACCGGUAAUCGGACAGUUCGAUAUCUCGGAAUUCGCGAAAGUGACCAAAUUUUUCUUGGACAAGUACGGGAGGAUCGUCCGCUUGGGUGGACUCAUCGGCAGACCAGAUUUGUUGUUCGUGUACGAUGCAGAUGAAAUCGAAAGGAUGUAUAGACGGGAAGGGCCUACACCGUUCAGGCCAGCUAUGCCGUGCUUGGUUAAAUACAAGUCGGAGGUUCGGAAGGAUUUCUUUGGGGAGCUUCCAGGAGUUGUUGGAGUACACGGCGAGCAAUGGCGCAAGUUUCGCUCGAAGGUCCAGAGGCCGAUCCUGCAGCCUCAGACGGUGAAGAAGUACGUUGGGCCCAUCGAGAUGGUCACCGAAGACUUUAUCAAGUACAUGGAGGGCGCGCGAGAUGAGCUUGGCGAUUUGCCACACCAGUUUGACAAUGACAUCCACCGGUGGUCGUUGGAGUGCAUCGGUCGCGUAGCCUUAGACGUGCGGCUCGGCUGCCUCUCCUCGGACCUGUCCAGCAACCCGGAGCCCCAGAGGAUCAUCGACGCCGCCAAAUACGCGCUGAGGAACGUAGCGGUGCUGGAGUUGAAGGCACCAUACUGGCGAUACUUCCCAACGCCGCUGUGGACCAAAUACGUUAACAACAUGAACUUCUUUGUAGAACUUUGUUCCCGGUACAUCAACGAAGCUCUAGAAAGGCUGAAGACCAAGAAGGUGACGUCAGAGGACGACCUGUCUCUCCUGGAGCGCGUGCUCAAGAGCGAGGGAGACCCCAAGAUCGCCACCAUCAUGGCGCUGGACCUCAUCCUCGUGGGGAUUGACACGAUAUCAAUGGCGGUCUGCUCCAUCCUAUACCAAGCGGCGUUGCGGACGAAACAACAGGAGAAAAUGGCGGAAGAAAUCCGAACAGUUCUGCCGGAUCCGAGCAAGCCUCUCACGUACGCAGACCUGGACAAACUGCACUACACUAAGGCUUUUGUUAGGGAGGUUUUUAGAAUGUAUUCUACAGUUAUUGGCAAUGGAAGGACAUUGCAGGAAGACGAUGUCAUUUGUGGAUAUCAUAUUCCAAAAGGAGUGCAAGUGGUAUUUCCGACCAUAGUGACGGGCAACAUGGAGCAGUUCGUGGCCGACCCUCAAGAGUUCCGACCGGAGCGGUGGCUGGAGUCCGGCCGGCUGCAUCCCUUCGCCUCGCUGCCGUACGGGUUCGGUGCCCGGAUAUGCCUGGGCAGGCGCUUCGCUGAUCUGGAGAUACAAGUGCUGUUGGCUAAGUUGCUGAGGCGGUACCGGCUUGAAUACCACCACGAGCCUUUAGAAUACGCUGUCACCUUCAUGUACGCGCCCGACGGUCCGCUGCGUCUACGCAUGUUGGAGAGAGACGCGUAGAUCACUUAGCUAAGGAGAGUCAGGCAUAGGGCACUUAGCUAAGCGCGUCAACCAAGCGACGAAGGCAGUGUCACCUUGUUGGUGGAGCAUACAAAGUAAUUUCGAAGCUUCGAUAUUUUUUUUCAUGAUUUCGAAAUUCGAGACACGUGUGAGAAAAAAGGCAUGUUCACUAAUUUAAGAAUAGUUUCAAAUUAAUUUCGUUUCGUUAGAGACGCAUAGAUCACCAAGCUAAGGAGAAUCAGGCAUAGGGCACUUAGCUAAGCGCGCCAACCAAGCGACGAAGGCAGUGUCACCUUGUUGGUGGAGCAUACAAAGUAAUUUCGAAGCUUCGAUAUUUUUUAAUGAGGCACGUGUCAGAAAAAAGGCAUGCUCACUAAUUUAAGAAUAGUUUCAAAUUAAUUUAAUUUGGUUAAAAUAUGUUGUCACCUUCAUGUACGCGCCUAGGGAACUUAGCUAA